AUGGGAACUAAACGGAUAUCGGAAGCUGAGAGCUCUCAGAACAGUUCCCAGAAUUCUAAACGCAUAAAAAAGGAAAAGAGAGGACCUCAAGAGAAAAAAUCCAGCGAAACAAGAACGAAUGACCGUCCUGCAGACAAGAUACCAAUCCAGUUUCAGCUUAUACAACUCCAAAAAAUUACCCAAAAUUUACUCGCUCAAUCAGAUAAUAUCGAAAGUAUAGAAAAAGAGAAUGCGAAGGACCUCAUAAAAGGAUUAAAACGCAUCAAUAAGGCGUUCGAGAAUUCAGAAAAUACGUCAUUAAAUUAUACCAAGCAGCUACCACUCCCAUCUAUACCGAGUGGUUUACCGUCACCAGCAGGCACACGUUGCGAUGGCAAAUUACCUCUACUACCUCCUAUCGGGGAUGAAUCCUUGAAAACAGCUGUAUUUACCCACACUGGCAUCAUGGAGCGAGGACCAAUAUCCACUCAAACCUCAGAGAAGACAUAUGACAGACUAGAAGUACUAGGAGAUGCAUACAUCGAACUCAUCUCGACUAGGUUAAUAUGGGAAAAUUUCCCUACCUUGCCUGCUGGGAAAAUCGCACAAGCUCGAGAAACUAUGGUGAAAAACGAAACUCUAGCUGAAUACGCAGUAGCAUAUGGCUUUGAUCAGCUACUAAAGACCAGUUCGGAUAUAAAAAGCGUCCCAAAACGAUGGACAAAAGUAAUGGGGGAUGUCUUUGAGGCCUAUGUUGCCGCUGCCAUUAUAGCUGACCCCAAGGGUGGGCUUCGGGCAGUAGAAAGCUGGCUAACUCAACUAUGGCUGCCAAAGCUUGCGGAGGUGAAGGUUCCUUUGGCAUCAGUGACACUAGCGCAAGGCAGCAAAGCUUCUUUCAAAGACAAGCUUGCCGCCACGGUCAUGAGCAGAGGAAUAAAGCUGCAGUAUCUUGAGGAGAAACCACGCCAGCGCGAGGGUGGAUUGGUUACUUCUUUUAUUGGAGCUUACCUCACUGGAUGGGGCUAUGAAAAGAAGCUCCUCGGGUCCGGAAGCGGUUUGAGCAAGUCGGAGGCAGGAAAUGAAGCGGCACUUAAUGCCUUGAACAAUAAGCCUCUAAUUGACCAGAUCGCUGCAAAGAAGCGAGAAUACGACCAGAAGAUGGCAGCUCAGAAGGCCGCCGCCGCCGCAGCAGCAGCGUCAAGUGCAGCAGAGACAAGCUAACAUGUCUGCAUGCGCCAAUGACCAGAGAUAUGAUGGCCCACGGGUAUCCAAAGUCCUCCUUGCCUCUAUGUAAGAAUGUCCAUGGAAGUUCGAUAGCUGAAUGAGCUGUGUACAAACUUGAAUUAUUGCAUCUCUCCGCCAGGGUCUCGUCCCCGUACGUACAGUUUUCAGCGUGAUAACCCAAGGAUCCUCAGCUAUGAAUACACAAACCGCAAGUAUCGUUAUUACUACUAGAUGUCGGAAUUUGCACACAUAUUUCUAAACAAAAUAAAAAUCUCCCUAAGUGCGGUAUCUAGCAAGGUGCUCCUUUGAUGGCCGGCCUCCGGAGAGCCGUCCGCUACGAAUUACAUCCGCAAUCUGAACAACAAUACUACCUAUCAGCCAUAACUUGCAUGAUGCCAUCCCCCUAGGACGGGGAGAAGAGGCUGAAUGUAUAAAAAUAG